AUGUGGAAAGCUGAUCACUUGAACGCCCCAGUAUCGCCCCGAAGCGGAGCAGUGUCGCAAGAGCGCAGGCCAUGGACCCGAACGUCGAUACUGCAGCUGGGGUUCGGACAGAAACCUGACAGGGAGACCUACGUGCAAGUCAACGUCGGCGGUGUCACAAAGAAGACGCAGCGGCCCUUGCGUGGCGAUCCCGCGGACUGCGACGAAACCUUGGUUCUGUCUCGACCACCUGCCUGGACAUACGACGUUGUUGUCGAACAUCAGGAGGACAUCCGGUUACUCAAUGAGGCACAUUGGGGAAGAGACCUGUCCAGGACCCUGCAGAGUGUCGGCCCGCAAGCAGACAUCCACAUCCUUUUCUCGCUCCUAGUGGAGACGACGCCAGUCGAGAUCGCACCUCUUGAUUCGCUGAAAGAGACCGCCGCGAACGAUAGCAAACGAAGCGAAACCGACGUAGCAACCCUUGAGCAUUUAGGCGAUCUCUUAUUGGAGCCGUCAUCAUCGCCAUCCGCUCGACGUCGAGGUCGGCCUAAAUGGAGACUGGUCGAUGCGGUGACGUACGUGCGGACGGGCGUCCUCAAGGUUAUCGAAGUGUCUAGCCUAAAGGACAAGGAGUUCGUAGCCGUGUCCUACCGAUGGAGCAAGGCGAUCACAGACUGGAGGGCACGAAUCGUGGAGUACGGCAAUGCUCGCAGCCCGGAUGCCAGCUACGAGAGGAAACUAGCACUCGGCUCUGCGACUUUUUCAGCGCUCGUCCAGAGGGGUCUCGUCGACGGCGCUUCCGCCGUCGAAGGCCAGCGGUUCUUUGCGCAGAUCGCUUUCCAGGUGAUGAUGUCUCUGCAAGAGUACUUCUGGAUGGACAUCGUCUGCAUCAAUCAAGACGUCAUCGAAGAGAAAGAAUUCUUCGUUCCCAAGAUGGGGACUCUGUACGGCACUGCCGCAGUCACCUACGCGUAUCCUACAGGGACGAGCUUCCUCUCCUCACUAGCCUCACCCGAGAUUUACUUUCCUGUAUGGGAGACCAGGGCGUGGACACUCCAGGAGCAGAUUCAGUCGCACUCCGUCGUCUUCUCUUACCUCUUCGACGGGGACAUUACUGACGAGGUCAUCCGUCUAGAAGCCCAGCCUCACACGUAUAGCUAUCAGCUCCAACUAACGCUGAAUCUUCGGGUGGUGGAUCGUGCAGAUGUUGUGCGGAUCGAAGGGACGACCUGUAUCCUCUGGCAGAGCUCCGAGCACGUUACCACCUGCGUCCUGCAGAACGAGGACUCGACUGGCGGGCUCUCCACCUCUGCCUAUCAGAAGCUAGCGAUUGGGCAGACAUCAGGACGCCCUGACGUGGGCCUGGCGUCGCGUGCAAGUCACCGACGAGCGAUUGGACACUCCGACUUGGGUCUGGUGUCAGAGCUCCAGUGGAACCUUGCGCGCCAAAACCUGUACACUACCAUUCAUUCGCUGCGACAAGGUACCACGCCUUCCUCCAGGAAGAUCGCAUCCCUCGUCCUGUCACGACGUCGUACAACAUCCAGCGCCGACAAGGUCAGGAUCUCAUUGGGGAUGCUCGGAGGCCGACAAGCGGCGUACGCUGUCGACAUGCUCUACUCGAUCCUUGGCAUCCUAGACAUGGAGGACUUUCCGGUGUCGUACUCCCUCUCAGCGGAGGAGGCGCGCCUGGCCGUCUUCGAAGCCAUGCCGUCCCGCACUCUCGCGUUCACGCUGGGCACAGAUUGGAGUUACGUCGUCUCCGCGAAUAGAGACUCCGCCCUUCCUCGCAUCUAUGACUCCAAGCCCGUUGUCGGCGUCACCCUGCGCGUGGUCACGAUAUCCAACGCGAAGUUCUCGAGGGCGUCCGGGACCACGGUCCGCGCGAGGAAGGAGCGGUUCCGCGUCUGGAAGGAGACCGGCCGUACCGGGGUGUGGGGCACGUACAUGCUCUGUCAAAGGGCUGGACCGUUCUCUCCUGACCUCGUCGUCUUGUGCGCCGUAAACCUGAGCCGUCACCCUCACCUCUCCGACUGUCCUGCCACCGAGAUCCCGGACGACGUCCUCCUGAUCAUCCUGUUGGAUGGUGCAGUACGAGACUACGAUGGAAUUCGUGGAGAUAGGGAGGUGCACUCAUGA